CAAAAAUCUAACCUAAUUGAUAUCCAGCUAUGUCCUUUAGUGCUCAAAACACCCCUAUUGCUAUCAUCAAUAGGAUCCUUGACUACGUAGUCCAACAGUUUCCAAAGACGCCAUAUAUUACAUAUGGCUGCUGUUGUGGCCCAUAUGCGCGUCUGUUCACAGUUGCUGGUCUGUGUCGUCAUUGGCGAGAGGUAGCAAUCAGCAGGCUGUUUGAGGAAGUUUGGUGGUGCAGCAAGGACGAUGAUGACAGUGGAUUCUGGAAUAUGUGCCGCAGACAGCCUGACCCGAGGAGUCUCGUAGCAGCAUAUAAGACAGGCAACCUGUUUCGUGUGAAAACCGUGCGGAUACAUUGGAUAGGCGAGGAUAUCGUGGACGGAGCUGCCACUGAGGUAUUCAAAACUUCCCCUUUUGAUACGCUGGUGGUACCCAGCACCACCACACUGGUGUUUUCAUUAAUGCACUCGCAUGCUACGAAUGGCGUACAGAAGUCUGGACUUGAUGCAACCAUUCAUGCCGAGGCAUUCUGCAACGAGAUCCACCGGAUCUUCCCAAAUUCUCAGAUCUGCGGCUUGUCAAGUCUUGGCAGCCUUAAUGACUAUGUGGAUACGCCAUUUGUUCGCAGUCUAAUAUCUGGUCUGACCAGUCGCGCUACCGCUGUUUCAACUACUUUGUGGUCGAUACCCGCAUACAGCUAUCCCCUUACCAGCGUUGCCAACCUAUUCGAACUGGACAUCGAUAUCAGUGGCCCAGAUUCGCCCCUGAUAGAAGUCAUCCGUCGCAACGCGUCAGCACUAGAGCAUGUUGGUCUUAAGAGCCAGCAUGCAGCGGUGUUUUCUAAAAUUGUUCAGGCUGACGACGGUACACCGAUAGUAUACCCACGUGUAAUGGCACUAACGAUCGCGUGUGGUGAUAGGGCUGGGCAGCUUGAGAACGCUGCUCUUGGUUCACCGACUGGAGCGCCGUUCCCAGCACUUCAGAAACUGACAUGCACCGCUGAUUAUCCUUUCAGCAACGAUGUGCUCUUUAGAGAGAACAGUUCAACACUCGAGUGUCUGAAGAUUUCCCUUUGUCCUCGAGCUGCUACAGAUCUGCGGGGCUGUGGUGUAUUUGAUGCAGGCAGAUUCCCCGCGCUAAAAUACGUCAACUCCUAUAUUGACACGAGAUACCAGGAGGAUGAGCGUACAGACCAAGCUAGGUGCCUCCUUGUCCUCAGCACCAACGCUAGAAUAUUAUUCACAAACGGAGGCAGCUGCUUGUUUGACAAUAUUGGGCUCACCAUUGGGCAAGUUGGGCGGAAUAUCGUACAGCUGCAAAUUCCGAGUGUUAAAUUCACUCUGCAUCGUUAUCUUCAGCUGGUCAAGGCACUGCCCUAUCUGCGGGAAAUAUCGGCAGGGAUCAAAGUUACUAGUGAGUUGCUUGGUAACGAUCGAGCUCAUGACGAUUGCAUCGCACAAUGCCGGCGUCAGUGGGAGAUAGAAAGGGAUAUACAUGUGGGCAUUGAAGGCAACUUGGCAGACGAAACUGGCGCGGAAAAGGAGGCAUCUAUUAGUACAAGUGAAAACGAAAACGACGAUUACAGCAUGUAUGGCGAAGAGGCGGACGACGAGUACCAUUACUGGUGCUGGAGCAACUGCAAGAACCUUUACCGCACGCUUAUGUUGGGCCAUUUGGAUACGCUCUAUGCGGAUCUGGAGUUUGUUGACGCACUCUAUGAUCAGUACUACCCACUCUCUACUACGCUGACACUACUGGACAUAUCCAUUCAGAAAAGGGUCCGCCUUAUUCCAUUGAGAUUGGCAAUAAUUAUCGUCGCCCUCUGCCCCACUGUCCAGUGCAUUCAGACCUCCUGGGUCGUCGACGAAGGAUUCGCUUUGCAUUAUGCACCAGACCUAAAUGACUGGGUAAUUGCAAGAUCUGAUGUCGAGGCAACUACGCAGCAUACAAGACUUAAGAACCAUCUCCAGUCUUUAGAGAGGGCUUAGCAGUAGGUUUUUUGUGUUUGGUUAAAUGGACCCACCAUUGUAU